AUGUCUCAGGGUCUUACAGACACUGGUGACGUGCUUGUGGGCACCUUGUUCCGCUGGAAUCCCGAGACUGAAGACCGCACCGACCACCUGGUCAUCUACAGCAGUGACGAAAUCUUCAUCGGACGCGAUGGAAAUCACUGUCAGUAUCAAAUCACCAAUCCCCUUGUCUCAAACAAACAUCUCCGGGUCUACACCAUCAUCUAUGAUGAAAUCAACCCAAGCGAGGUCCCCCCGCUUGUGUAUGCCCAGGAUAUUUCUAGCAAUGGGACUCGGUGGAAUGGCUACCCGAUGAACGGAAAGAGUUUCCUGCUCAGUGAUGGCGAUGUCCUCCAAAUCUUGCCCGAGUUCCAACUGAAAUUCGAAUCCGCCACAUACACGAAAAACCCUUUCACCCGCGUGCAAAUGGAGGAGAUGAGCAUGUUCAAGAAUAGCUACUGCGUAACUCAACGAGUGUUGGGCUCUGGCGCUUAUGGCCGCGUUCAAAUGGCUUACCAGACUGCCACCGGACAGCAGAUUGCUUGCAAAAUUGUUGAUCUCAGAAAGGUCAAAGAUAACAUUGCAGCAGAGCUGGAAAAUAUCCAGAGGUCCAGGGUUUUCCAACCCACAUCAGAAAUUACCAUGAAUCACAGACCACAGAGUGUUGAGGAGAGGAUCGCGGUAUAUUAUCGCGAGGCAGAAAUUUUGUCAAAGAUGUCCCACCCAAACAUCAUCAGCUUUGAAACCGCUAUCCAUUCCCAGGACACGAUUUACAUCUUCAAUGAGCUUGUGACGGCCGGCGACCUGCUUUCUUUUCUCCGAUACAAAGGAGGGACACUCAAAGCCGCUGAAGCAGCCUUCAUUACCCGUCAGAUUUUGCUUGCAGUGGAGUACCUUCACGACAGGGACAUCGUUCACAGAGAUAUCAAGCCAGACAAUAUUCUCAUGACUUCUCUGGAAGCAGGUGGUCGAGUCGUGCUGACAGACUUUGGAUGUGCCAGAGAGGUGACCCAGGCUAUCGAACGGAUGCAAACGAUCGUCGGCACGUCUGAAUACUGCGCCCCCGAGGUCAACCCGUCCAACAAACAGGGAUAUAGCAAAGCUAUCGACCUGUACUCCCUAGGCCGUGUGACCGCCGUCUUGCUGACAGGAACCACCCCAUCUCAUCAGCCAUACAGUCCAGAGUCUGAGACAAUGGAUGAACAAGAGUGUCUGAAACUCGAGCUGGCGGAACUAGGAAUAACUGGUUAUCCCAAGGACUUUCUUGAAAAUCUGCUCACCCUUGACGAGAAACAGCGCAUGAAUGUGAAGCAGGCUCUGCGCCACAAAUGGUUCACGUACCUCCCUUUCAAGGAUAAGCUUGAGGAGCUCUACCAGAAAUCCAUUGAAAACUGGAAGCCGAGACCCCGUUCCGACCCUGCACUCGUGAAAUUUGAUGUCCUUGUUGCCUUCCAGAAUUCCCUUGAACAGAACUACACGCUUCACACCCAGCCUGGGUGGAGGCUGAAAAGCUACAGACUCUUCGACAUCGUCAACCACUCUCCCGAUCUGUCUGACGGCAAUACCUCGGCUCAUGGAGCAGGACCAAAGCUACGAAAUGCCGCAGACAGCCUGUCCGCUUCUAGUCAACAGGAAAAUCUUCGCCCAGAACAGGGAGGACAACGUGCCCAUCAAGCUCUAAUCGAGGCCCGCGAGCACAUGAACCAGCUCAUGCAAACCACUCCCAACAUUAGACCCAGAACUCCGGAGGCUAACAGGGGCCAACCGCAAUUCGUGAGCCAGAUCAAUCGCCUGGAACCAGCCCACCCAUUCCGUGCCCCAGGUGGAAUCUAUCCCAGUCUUGCCGAGCGACUUGAUGAUAUGCCGAAAUACCCGUCCAAUGAUACUACGUUCUUCAACAUGGGAGAUCUCUCCACACCCACUGGCACCCAUCAUCGCACCCCGUCUCCGAAGCCGUUUACCCGACAGAGAGCUGCUGAGAUCAGAGCCUCUGAGUCCCGAGCUGCGGAGAAUCAGGCCAGCCUUGGCGGACAAGUCUACGAAGAGCUUUUCAACCCAGUCACCGGCAAGCGCAAGCGCCGCAUCUUCGGAAUGGAUGAGGACGACUUGUGGUAA